ACUACAUGCCGUACCAUCACACACACAUACCAAAACCUCCAAAAUCGAAUAUCUAAAGUAGACGAAAGCUGGAAGUUUUGUUUAGACAUUUCUCAUGGUUUGUUUUUCGUAACUUGGAAUAAUUUUUUUUCACAUUGUAUCUUGUGCCAUUCCCAAGGUUUAUAAACAAACAACUUCAACUUAACAGAAUUCUUAACUUGCAGCAAACUGUGAACCAAGACAGUAAUACUUAUUGAUUCAUUCGAUUUUAUUAGUUAACCCAACAUUCGCAAUACAUUGAGGAGCGUUUUACAAAGUUGGAAUGCUAUGGGGGUUGUUGUACUGCUGCAACCGUUCGAAGCGUAGAGCUCAUCAAGGAGGUUUGUUUCUUAAAGAGGAGGAAAAAUCAUUUUCUUUUCCGGAGACCGUCAAAGAUCGAUCUAGUAAGAAUUCCCGGUCGAGUCUGAGCAUAGAAUGGACAACAGAGGCUCUUCAGCAGUUUAUCUACCAGUAUUCAGCUCGACGAAAUUUAUCCAGUGAGCAAAGCUUGUCAUUGUCUUAUUUCUCUCAAUCCUAUGCGCAGCUGUUCAAGCACGUAUAUUACAGUGACAGCCGAUCCAUGACAGAGGCAGACGAAGCACAGGCUAUUGUUACGUUUACCAUCGGUUCCUAUUUAUAUAAAUGCACCAAUCCGAAAACUCGUUUUUGGAAACGUUUAAUUGAGCACAUGGAAAAUAUUGAGGAUGAUGGCACGUGCACACGGCCUCAGCUUGAGUUUCGCAAGAAGGUUGCAUCUGCGCAGAUUGGUCAUCCGGCUUUUCAUUUCCUUCCCCUCCAGAAUAAACGAAGCUUUCAUUAUAUAUGGUCUCUGUUUGUUUCUUCAUACUUCAUGAAUGCUGCCUCUGCUACUCCUUCCCCUCAACAAGUCGCUGUUGAUGAUAUCGUACAGCAAAAAAAUAGGAAGUCUACACCACGAGAAAUUAGAACUAGAGAAGAUGUCGAUAUCAUAAGAGAUAAAUUCUUACAACUUCUUACAGAAUGCCCGGAUGAAUUCUGUGAAAACUGGUUACAACGAAUAUACAUAACAUGUGUCCUUCCAAAAAAUCAUUAUAUUUAUACUUUGGAUGAAAAUCUUGGCUUUUUGGAGUCAAUUGAAUCCAUGAAGCAGCAGAUUACUCGUCGAAAAGCUGCAGAAUUUGGGUAGCUCACGUUAAUUGAGCUUUCAGUGUUUUAACUUAACGUAUUUAUUCUUCUUGUCUUUACUUUCUGUUUGUUCGUUUCUUUUCCCUUUUUAGAACUCGGUUAUUCAUAAUGAGAAACUAAAUUUUCUUUUGAUUAUAGUGACGACCCUUUUAUGCUUAAAUUAAUCCAUUUUUGCCUUUUCUUGUCACUGUAUAACCAUUUCUACAUAAUCGUCAAAUGGCACAAUUCUUUUCCUCAAUCCCAAUACUAGAUAGACACGUGUUAUACAUGGUAAUUUUUAAUAAUUUACUACUUAAUCAUAUACAUAUUUUUUUAUAGGACACUCUCCUAUAAAUUAGCUACUAAGUAAAAAGGUUACAAGAGC